AGAACAAGGCAGCUUAACUUUCCCAUUAUAUGCUACUGUAAUAAUGAGUUAGGCCUAUUUUAUUAAUGAAUUUAUUCACUAGUCGGGCGUCAGUACAAACUCCUCCUGCAGGUCACAAGUCUGCUCAGAGCAUUAGUGCUUUCAGUUACAGCUCAGUGACUGUGUUUUUAACAUCUCCAGCAGUUCUGUGAAGUAUGGAGUACGCGAAAACCUUAGUUCAUACAUCUCUAAUGAGUGUCAGCUCUGAUGGUGUGUUGAUGUGGUGCUGUAGGUCUGUGUCGUCGGUGCAGACGUCUCUUGCACAGCGAGUGCUGCCCCCUCCUCAGCCCCGUCCGUACAAGGUCUGCACGCAGAACCGCCGCAGGAGGAAAGGCUUCACCGCCAGCUCUCUAGCAGACCUCGUGGAGCAGGUGGCCAGUUCUUUCUUGAUAACGUGUCAGUUCCUCACGCUGGUGCUGGAGGAUGAUGGGACAGUGGUGGACUCCGAGUCUUUUUUUCAAUCUCUGCCUACUAAUACUCCAUUCAUGGUCCUGGAGAAAGGGGAAGCUUGGACCCCCAAUAAACUGGUUCUGCCAAGUUUCAGGCAGCCAAGAAGAAGCGGAAUUGCCAAACUGAGCUUCGACCUGUACAGACUGAACCCAAAGGAUUUUCUGGGCUGCCUCACCGUUAAAGCCACGCUCUAUGAAAUAUACACACUCUCAUAUGACAUCAAGUGCACCAGAGCCAAGUACUUUCUCAAGUCUUUAUUGCGGUGUUUCAUGUACAUGGCCAAACUGGCGGGUCAGGUUCUCCUGUGCGGCUCCGCGUAUGUGUUGCGGUAUAUUGGGGACGAGGAAUCCUCGAGCUAAACUUCACGUCAGCUGGUGACAGAUCAAGAUAGUGGGAAGAAAGUAAUACUGCACUCAUGUUUAGUUUUUGCUUACAUGCUUAGACAAAUAUCAAUAUAUUUUUGUCCUUGGUAGCCUACAUUAUGUUUUAUGUGGCAGAACUGCUUAUUUCUAAAAUGAAACGUUUGUAAAUAUGUACUGUGAAUUAAAAAAACAACUAGUGCACUAAAGGUGAAUACUUUGCAUGUCAUCUUUUAUCAGGCUUGUGCUAAUAAGAUCUCCAGCUGAGUGACUGCAUUUUUAAG